AGUGGUGGUCGUCCAUGCUGGUGAAAAUAGGCUCUGUUGUUGGUGGUUGCUAACUAUGAUCUUUGAGUUUACUGUAUAACUACCUAGCUGCAUUUUACACGCAUAGUGUAGUUAAAUUCAAGUCCAUUAUGGCUGGAAGUCGACUUGAAAAAUUCGGAACCGUGUUCACGCGAGUCAGAGAUCUUAUGCGUUCUGGAGUUGUCAAACAGUCUGACAAGCCCAUUUGGUAUGAUGUAUACAAGACCUUUCCACCCAUGAAGGACCCACUUUAUGUCAGACCAGUGGCCAAGAGAUAUGGGAAGAAAGAAGAGGCUGUGCCAGACAUCUUCUACAGAGAGGAUGAAAUCAGAGUGAAAUUUUAUGAGGUGUAUGGAACAGGCCCCAGAGCUUUUGAUCUCUCCAAAUCCAGCUUUGUUUCAACAUGCCAACGGUUUGUGGAGAAGUACACAGAGUUCCAGAGCCAGGGAGAGCUGGAGAAACAGUCCCUGUUUGAGGAGACUGGGAAGGCUCUCCUUGCUGAGGGCUUGGUGUUGAGGAGGAGGGGUAUUCCUGCGGUGGUGUCAGAGACCAGGAAUCCAGUGUUGGGCAUGAAGCUGACAGACAUGCUGGCGGAACAGCAGACAGAUGCACCUGGCGGAACACGGACACCAGGAGAAGAGAAGCCAACACAAGCACCAGUGACUCCACAGUAGGCCUCUGCAGCAUGGCUUCAACCACACUCUUCACCUAGAUGGAACCAACCAUCCACCUCCACUGACUAAAAAGGGGACUUUCAAAAUCUGUCCAACACUAGACAUACUCCUCAGUCCAGACUUUCUGAACAAUGUGGAUUAACAAGAAAGACUACUUGUUAUGGGUGUGCCUGGGCAGCUUUCACGACCGUCCGUCUUGACUGCAGGGUUUUGUGUGGUGGUGUGUAGGAGUCCAAGUUAUUGUACAUUUUUGGGCUGGAAACUUGUAAGAUUGAUGUUAUGCAUAAGGCUGUAAAUGUAUAUUGUGUGUAUACAUACAUGCACUGUACGUCCAACUGGUUACGUUGCAGUGUGUUUUCAGACUUACGACAGGCCACCCCUGUUGAUAUGAGAUGAUGAUCAAUUAGCAUUGUGAGUGAUAGGUAAAGUUACUCUAUAUUCUAGAAUGUGGCCUCUUUUCCUUUUUUCCUCUGCCGCUCAUCCUCUGUUAUGUUUCAGUCACACUGCAGAACAUUCAUGCAAGACAAGCAAGCUGUGAGUGAAAGUUGAUAUUGCAUUCUCCAUUUGCUGCUGUGACAGUGUAAUUCGGCAGUGCCUGCCUGCCUGAGCAUCUGGGAUGAAAUGGAGAUAUUAAUGCCGUAUUGCUUCACAGAGAAAUACCACUGAGCACAUAACCACAUCAGCCGACUGGGGAUAGGAAUGUGAGUAAAGAAGCAUCAAAGGUGCCAUAUUAAAAGAAAUGCAAGGUAACAUCUGUGUAAGGUAUUCCACCAGAUAGGAAAGGUUUGACAUCAACACCUAUACACUGAAUGAUUGAUAAUUAAACUCUACAAAACUA